UGUGCGCCGUUUUAAAUUUCCCGCCAAGUUAAUUUAACCUAAUCUCCCUCUGUCUGUCUCACAUGUCUGCGGCAGCAUGGUGGCAGCACUGUAUUUGUUAUUGUUUGUUUUGAAAAUUCAUCUUUCGUGAAGUGUAACAAAUCACUUCAGAACAAGUUAAAACAUAAAAGAAGAAACAAUAGGAAUUGACCAACCGUACUUAAGAACUAGUGUUAUGAGAGAUGUCGAGUCAAAAACCGGCUUUAAAAAAUGCAAUCACACAAAUCCUCAGCUGUGCUUUACAACCACAUUCCGACAUCCAACGGUUAACAGAAGAACGGAAAAAAGCCCUCGAGAUGACCGAAGAUUACCCCUUCAUCCUCCUGGAGAUUAUUAAAAGUAAAGAAGAGGCCUAUGCAGAAAAGCUCAUGGCAGCUACCUUUCUAAAAAACUAUAUAGCUGAUAGCUACGGAGCUAAAGCCUUCCUAGGUUUGAGCCCCAACUUGAAGCAAAAACUAAGCUUGUCUUUAGUAGAGUUAUUGUCGCACGACAACGAUGUUAUCAGGCAGAUGAUUGUGUCAUCGCUCGAACUGGCAGUAGUUUAUGAAUACCCAAACUUAUUCGGAGUGAUUAAUAAUAAAAUUAUGGCGUGUUUAUUAAGCGACGUUUUGCUUCAAGUCACAGGCGCUGUUCAGUUCAUGAAAGGCUUAGGGGACAACCACAGACAGUUCUGUUCCGAAAAUAUGUACUUUUCCCCUGAGUACAUAGAACCUUUGCUGAACGUUCUUCAUAAUGAGAACAUUCCGGUAGAUGUCCGCUCGGAUACUGUCUCCUGUAUGAUCCAAAUUCUCAUAACGUGUAGAAAAACACCACUUUUCACACCCACAAGUGCCCGAUUGAGCGAAGUUUUUCAAAAGUUGCUCAGUGAGCCAUAUAGUUGCUCAAAUGAUUUUAGAUUAAGAGGCGAAAUUAUUAUUGAAAUAUCGCAUGCAGCGAUGUCGUUAGCCGAUCAGGUUUUGGAACUUGUUACUAGUUGUUUACCGGCGAUUGGACAGAUUAUGUUCAAUUGUUGUAUAGAAUUUAAGGAGAUUAUAAUGGGGCAUAAGCAAACACCGAGAGAUGCGAACGAAAACGAACCCGAAAACUUCAAUCAGCUGAUCAUGAAUAUACUUAUCUUAAUCAAUAAUAUUUUUGUUUUGCCGAACUAUUCGUCGCUUUUGACGGACGGUUUGAACGAUUUCAUGUAUCUUCUGUUUAUAUUAAUGUGUGCUUAUAAUAAUCUAGAAGACACGCUUUUUACAGAAGAUAGCAUGGACGUAAGUCCAGAGAUAGAUUAUAGUUUGAGAGGGCGCUGCAGUCACACUCUAUUGGUGUUCAUGGACAGGUGUAAUUAUGGCAAGUUCUGCGCCUCAUUUCACCAUGUCUUGCAAAAACACAUAUCUGAAGCCAACCUUGCACGCGCUAACUCUGAAACUUACUAUUAUCGAAUUUUAGAAGCUCUAAUGUUUGGAGUAGGUCUUUUGAGUUUCGUUUUUGAAGAACCACAAUCAAAUUUUCUAUAUUAUAUUGAACAUUGGUCUUCCAUGUUAGUAGAUCAGCAGCCGCACUGGCUAGUUUUAGGGCGACUGUUGUGGCUGGGCAGCAAAUUCAGUACUUCCUUAGCGCCAGUUACUUUAAGCAAUCACCUUAAUUCUAUUCUGGCUAACUACAAUUCUCAAAAUAAUUCACUACGGAUAGCAUGCCUUGAUGCAAUGCGGACUCAUCUGUCUAAUAUAAAAGUAAACCCCAACAGAAUAGUAUUUUCUAAUGUAGUAACAGAAAUAAGUGAGUGUUUAUUUAGUAUAUCAGUAUUUUCGCCUUCUAUGUCUGUGUUAUGUUUGGAAGCGAUGGCGUAUUUUUUUGAGUUUUCACCAGAAAGUGCUGGCCGCAAUUCCCAACGCAUCAUGCAAGUGGUGCUUGAUUCUCUUUUGGCUCACAUUUCCAACGCUAACGUGAUGAAACAAGUGAAAUUCCUUCUGAGUAAGAUCGUGGUAAUUUCGUCUUGUAAAGACAUAGUACAAAACAAUUUCAUCCCGUUCACUAUAAAACUGAUCUACAAGAAUUGCCCCAGCCCCCUAAAUCUAAAAGUAGAUGUUCCUGAGCGAGGCUUUGACUUACUAAAUACUGUUGUGAAAUUUUACCCGGAAACUAUCGACAAUAAUGUAGUCCUUCAAGGAUUUCUAGCAGCGUGUAGUUGCAUUUUAGAUUUCAUUGAUAGUAGUUUAAUGGAAGUGGCUACAAUAUUCAUUAGCAAUAUUUUGAUGAAAGCUUCGUACCAAAUAAAAACACUUCGGGAUAUGAAGGGCAAAGUUUUGGCCGAAUACGUACCUGAUGUGCUGUUUAAGCUGUUGGAACCUCAUCCGCAAGAAGCUGUUUGUCCGUCAAAAUUCGGACGGUUAUGUGUGAUUAGUAUUUUGACUUUACCUGAACAUAUACAGCCUUGUAUCGAAGCUAUACUUAAGGCACUCUUAAGUGCCUUACAACGUACCGAACGGAGAGAGCUCGUGAAGAGUUACUGUUUCAUUUUCGCGUACAUGUUCACUUGGCAGACUGAAAGCAUCAUAAAUUUCCUGUCGGGGAUUCCCGGACCUGAUGGACGGAGCGCGUUAUCGUAUUUUUUGAACAAGUGGAAAGUCAGUAUGUUAUUAUGCGAAAAAUUCGAAAAAAGCAUUAUAACGUUGGCGAUUUGUAAGAUGAUUGAGUAUUCGCUGUCGCAAAAAGACGACAGGAUUAAUGACUGCCAAAUUACCUUGGAAGGACCAUACUAUGGAGAGUGUACCGGACUGGAGAAACUGUACUUGUGCCUAAUCAAAAUAUUUCUAAGUGAAGUUGACGGAGAUCAGAAAUACCAGGAUACCGAAGAAGGGACGAACGAUGACGUGCUAGUCAAAAACCAUCCAGUUUGUGAAAUAAAUCUCGUCGAACACAUUAAGUCUUUUAUCAGGAAUUAUAAUACUCACCAUUAUUACAAUGUAGUGAAGAAAUAUAUUCAAAAAUACGAUGACCAUGUUGCGGAAUUAGAGAAGAGCGGUAUCAAACCGGACAAUUUGUAGUGCACAUACAUAUACCUAUUUUUAUAUGAAGGGCUUCUAGUCAAGAGAAAAGUUGUUCAGUUACCAAAUGUUAAGAGUUAGUUAGUUGACUUAUUUUGUACCAGCGUAUUGUAUCCAGUUGACAAAUAAAUUAUUUCUAUUUUUGUAAAACAACGUCUACUAAGUAUAUACAUUUUAUUUGCAAUAAAAACAAUUUUACACAAAA